GGCGCUCGGGGUCGCAGGCUGGGGGCGUGUGCCAGUGGCUGCCGCGGCCCCCAGAGCGCCCUCCCUGGCACCCUGCGCGGCCAUGGAGUGGAACCUCGGCAGCUGGCUGGCCGGCUGCCUCCUGGUCUCAGCAUUAGGAAUGGUGCCACCUCCUGAAAAUGUCGGAAUGAAUUCAGUUAAUUUCAAGAACAUUCUACGGUGGGAGUCACCAGCUUUUUCUAAAGGGAAUCUGACUUUCACAGCUCAGUACCAAAGUUAUAGGGGAUUUCAAGAUAUAUGCAUGAGUACUGCCUUGACGGAAUGUGAUUUCUCAAAUCUUUCCAAGUAUGGAGACCACAUUUUGCGAGUCAGGGCUGAAUUUGCCGAUGAGCAUUCAGACUGGGUAAACAUCACCUUCUGUCCUGUGGAUGACACCAUUAUUGGACCUCCUGGAAUGCAAGUAGAAGCGCUUGCCAAUUCUUUACAUUUGCGUUUCUUAUCCCCCAAAAUUGACAACGAACCCGAAACAUGGACCAUGAGGAAUAUUUAUAACUCAUGGACGUAUAAUGUGCAAUACUGGAAAAAUGGUACUGAUAAAAAGUUUCAGAUUACUCCUCAGUAUGAUUCUGAGAUCCUCAGAAACCUGGAGCCAUGGACCACUUAUUGUGUUCAAGUUCAAGCCUUCCUCCUUGAUUGGAACAAAACAGGGGAAUGGAGUGAGCCUGUCUGUGAGCAAACAACCAGUGACGAUACGAUGCCCUCCUGGCUAGCGGCCAUCCUCCUCCUCGCCUCCGUCUUUGCCGUCUUCCUGGUGCUCCUCGGCUGCUCUGCCUUGCUUUGGUGCAUUUACAAGAAGACGAAGUACAUCUUCUCCACCAGGAAUUCCCUUCCACAGCACCUCAAAGAGUUUUUGGGCCACCCUCAUCACAGCACUCUUCUGUUUUUCUCCUUCCCACUCUCUGAUGAGAAUGAUGUUUUUGACAAACUAAGCGUCAUCACAGAAGACUGUGAAAGCCACAAGCAGAAUCCUGGUGACAGCUCUGGCCUCAGGACCCCCCCUGGGCCAGGACCCCUGGAGCUGGUCUCUAAGGAAGAAUCACACACAGGUGGAUACAGUGACCCCUGCUUCUCACAUCUGCCUCAUGGGGUGAUCAGAACAACAGACAAGCUCCAAAAUCACCUGAGCAAACCCCACAUCUAGAACUCUCAGACACUGGACAUAGCUGAACAACCAAUGAGCUAGAUUUUAAAGAUUCACUUGGUAAAAAUAUUCCAUCUUGGGAACUCACUGCUUUCUAAAGGCUUUAAUGAUUUAAAAAAAAAAAAAAAGUUGACCACUGAGAAGUAUAAUUUUCAGCCUCUUAUACUCACUAAAAUAAAGACCACAUUUUAAUUGUGAGAAAAAUAUUUAAAAGGAAUGAAAAUGGAGAUGCUGUAAAAUCCUGCCAAACUGCCAAUAGACCAUCUGAAAAACACCCUCACCUCAAAAGUGGUCAGGACAGCACUGUACAGAUGCAGACCUUUUGUAUUCUCGGGGAUAUUUUGACUAGAUUUAUUUUUCUACCUGUACACAUUUUACGUACUUCUGGUGCUCUAUUAAAGUUUUACUCUCUAUUUAAUUGUAUAUGUUAAUGGUACUACAUUUCUGUAAUUCUUAGAUGUUGAACAAGGCUCUCAUUUGCCAUUUUUGAGGUCCAUUCAUCCAACAGGUAUGUCUUAGUCCCUGCCUGCUGCCAACCAGGCACUGUGAGGUCCUAAAGUCAUCUGGGAGCUCUCAGUCUAGGAAGCUUCAAAGGAUAGAAGGGCCCUGGGCUUUGAAGUCCAACCCAGAUACUUACUAGCCUCUCAGUUUCUUCAUCUGUACAUGAGGAUGAAAAGACCUAAGGAUUGGUAAUGCUACAUAAAAAAGCCUACUGCAGUGCCAACACAUCACGGGUGCUCAAUAAAUGGUAGCUAUUCUUACCAGCAACAUAAUCUCAUGGGAAUGAUUCUACCUCCACAAACAUAAGCUAGCUACAAAUACCCCUUCCUCUCUGCCAGAUGGCCCAUUAAAGCAGCUCCAUCAAUGCUUUUUGAAAUCGUUUGACAUUUUUAAAGUGAAGCAUCAUGGAAGAAGAUCAGAAGUUUGUUGAAUUUCCCUAUACUCAUUUUACAGUUUCAUAUUUCUAAAUUAUUUUCAUUAGCAUAUUUUCAGUUCUUAGCACCUGUGAAGGGCUUACUCUGGUCAGGGGCUAGUUUUACAAGACAGAAAUUAAUUCCCUUCCCCAGUGUGAGGAAAAUAGAGUAGUUCGGUCAGACCCCCUCACCUCAGGUCCAGCUGGGUGUGGUGUAGCACAUCCUUUGUAAACAAGUUGUGUGGGAGUAGAGUUAGUUGGCAUGCUGCCCAUGUAUCUUUUUGGCUUGUUGCUACUUUUUUGUGCUCUUCAUUGUGUGAGGAGGCCGCUCUGAACUGCUCUCGUGUCUAAAAAUAAAGCCUGUUGUUUUCUUCA